AUGGUAUCAGAGCUGCGGUUUAAGCGAUCUGAAUAUCAGAAAUGCUUGAUGUCGGAUCACGACGAGGCGAGCCAUACUCCACCGGACCCCAAUGUCGGAAAAAAUAUUCCAGGUAACACCAGUAAUAAUGAGAAUGCUCUGAUAUCCCCUCGUACCGAAAGGCUCAUGAAAUGUAUGACAGAUCAGCUUCAAAUAGCGUUAGAACAACAUCAACGUGAAUUUGAGAAACGGUUAACGGAAGAUCAUGAACGUAAUAAUGCUUUAAAACCUGAUGAUAGAGGUAAGGGUCCAACUAAUGACGACGUGCCACGAACCAAAAUCGAACGAGUCUCAUUUAAAACCUUUCGAAGCAGUGGAGCGACAGAAUAUACAGGACAAUCAGAUCCUGUACUUGCAAUGCAAUCGAUACAGAAUACCGAAAAGGUGUUUCGGAUCACUCAAGUACCCGAUGAUGAUAAGGUGAAGUACGCAUCCGCGAUGUUCAUCGACCGAGCAUUGGUGUGGUGGGAUAAUACGUUCGAAUCUCUUGACCCARUUACCCAAGAGAAUAUGACGUGGAAAGAAUUUCGAGCUUUAUUCUUUGAGCAAUACUGCCCAACGGACCUUCAGAGACGCCUUGAGAAAGAAUUUAUGGAUUUGAAGCAGGGAAAUAUGACUGUGAUUGAGUAUGAGACUGAAUUUAACCGAAAGGCACGGUUUGCCCAACGGUUUAUGACUUCUGACCAAGACAAGAUUGACCAUUUCGUCGAUGGGCUACGACGAGAAAUCCGUGACUUCGUUGUGAACCGUGAUAUUCCGAGUUUUGGUAAAGCUGUCGAAUAUGCUCGACACCGCGAACAUGAUUUAACGAUACCCGAUGAUACCGUUUCCACACCAAAACGACAAAGAACUGACAGGAUCUUUUCGGCACCGUCACAUAAACCAUCACGACUAUUUACAUCAAGACGGGUGCAAACUCAGAACAAUCCUCGUGCUCCUUCUCAAGCCUAUACGUUACAGUCGAGCAAACCAAGAGACUGUCGGAGGUGCAGAAAGACACACCAGGGCCGGUGUGAUACGGAUAGAUAUGUCAUUAAAUGUUUUUGUUGCGGUGAAGCGGGUCACGUUAGGAUGAAUUAUCCCCAGAGAGGUCUUGCAUGUUUUUCCUGCGGAGUGUUAGGGCAUCAUAUUAAAGAUUGUCCCCGUAUAAAAAGGGUUGAAAGCAAAGCCUCGGUACAACAACCAAUGAGAGUGGGUACUUCAACCCAAAAGGAGGAGGUGCCCAGGGCACGAGCCAGGGCUUUUCAAAUCACAGCAGAAGAGGCAUUGAAGGAGCCGGACUACCUCGAUUAUGUGCCAAUCAUGCUUGAAAAACCUUUUAAUGUCGAUACUGCGAACGGAGUAACACUUGAAGCUGAUAAAGUUUAUAAAGACUGUAAAUUAGACUUAGAUGACCAUGAGUUCAUGGUCGAUUUGAUUCCAAUGGAUAUUCAUAACUUUGAUGUGGUAAUUGAUAUGGCUUGGUUGAUGAAGAACCGAGCAAAAAUCAUUUGCUCGCGAUGA